AUGAGAAGCGACUGGAAAACCAUUUUUUAGUGGACAGUAUUGUGCAGAUAGCACAGGGAGACUGGGGAACGGUAGUCAAGGCUCGGCAUAAAAUUUUAUUAAAGGACUAUGCGAUCAAACAGUAUAUCAUAAAAGAAAAAGACGAUUAUUUUCAAAGACUACAUGAGAUUAAACUGUGGGCACCGUUAGCCUCACCCGAGCAUAUCGUGCAAUACCGGUGCCAUUGGCUUGAAUACAACCAUAAACUACCUGAGCGACCCUUAUACCUAUACAUAC